GACGAAGGACGCGCAACAAGGGUACCUACGCGCGCACAACAAUUCAGUGCCAUUACGUCCAUCGAAUCCGUCGCGGAAAAACCGUUUGGUACACCAUUAACCGCGUAAAACCGCAUUCCGAUAUCGUUAUUUUAUCGGGUACCGUUUACGGUCAGAUUCGCGUUCACAGCCGUCGCCGUUUUCGUCGAAAGGUGAGUGGAUAGGCCCGAACGUUUGUGUUACUAUUAUUGUGGUUUUCGCUCUUUGACCGGUCGUCAAUUUUCAAUAUUUUUCCCGCGCCCGUAGCCGGGCCGUAUCGCCGCCGCGGUGCGAAACGAUAUUACCGGGUCGCUCACGUACCCUCCCUUCACAAAAGAGAAAAACAACAAGAGCCCGCCAGAGUCCCGAGCCGUAGGCGCCGUUGAUUGUUAUAUGUUACGCAUCGCGGCGUGCGGGGGUUUUUUUUUUAAGAGAUUAUUCACGGUUUUUUAUGUUCUAAAGUCCGUUGAUAAAAAAAAAAAACGGUAAACACGCCGCGUCCGGAAGAACGCCCCACAACUUCCUCUUAGCUCUUGUCCCCGGACGCCGCCGCGGCGUCGUCGGCUCUCGUUGUUUUUCUCUCUUUUUUUUUUCUGCUUGCCACCUGCGUUCCGCAAUCACAAUUUUCUCGUCUGCUCCGGGAACAAACGCCUCGUCGCCACGCACAUAUGGGAUGAAAUUUACAGAAAACGGGUUUUUCGGCCUACGCAAUAAUAAAGGUGGACAAAAAUCGCGACGAGCGUCUCUACGUCAUAACGCGCGGCGGACGUGCGAUUUUUUCCCCCCGCCGACGACGGGCCGAGCGAAGUAUUUUAUUUUCAUUUUUUUUUUUCCUUUUCUUUCACCGCGGGUAUAAAAAUAGCUUUUCGGACGAGCCGCCGGAAUAUAAAUAUUCGAACUCGUACGCGCGCUUUUGGCAAACUUUCCGGGUCAACCGACGCGCCGCCGGCAACCUCGUUUUCCGAAACGUUUCGCUGCCGCCGUAUUGUGUUUUAUUAAUAGGGUAGCCGGGUCCCGAUUAAUCGACACUUGGUGUUAUUGUAUCCACGACCAGUGUUGUAUUUUAUCCAGAUAGGUAAACACUUUUUUUUAUCUUUAAUCUUAUCUAGAUAAAUGAGAAAUUUUAGUUAUCUAAGCCGUUAUCCGAGAUAAACAAUAAAUAAAUUUUCUAGAUAAAGCUUUUUUAAAUAGUAAUUUAUACAAUUAUUAUUGGAAAUAACAGACGAAACGUGUAAUUUAUACUAACUAAUUGUUACACUAAAUCAACCACAUAACUUUUAUUGUGAUAUCCAAAUGUGUACCGGUUCUGGUCCACUUUUACUACUUUUAACAUUUAGUCGUCUAAUAAGUAACGAACAAAAUUCUCUUAUUUUUUUUUUUAAUCUAGAUAAAAGAUUUCUGAUUUCUAAUUUGUAUCUUUAUCUAAAUAAUUAAAUUGGUAUGUAUCUUUUAUCUUCAUAUAGAUAAUUAAACUGCCAUUUAUCUCGUAUCUUUAUCUAGACAUUUUAAAAUUUAUCUUUAUACAUCAACUGUUCUCAUCGAAAAAUAUACAAGAAUAAUUUUUCCGUAUGAUAUAUUGGGUACUGGACAACCGUAAUUUUGGCAACUUUCGGGUAUAUCCAUACCUGAUAUACGCAUUUUUUGCUUAGUAAAGAAAUCACUAAUGUUUCUUUUGGACAUAUUUUUUUUGUCAACAAUUAAACAAUAAAAACUAUCGCAAUACAAAUUACAGAUAGGUAAUCAUAAGUUCCUAGUAAGAAUGAAUAAGUUAAAAUUAAGUUUAUAUUCAUAGAAGAAAAAUAAUUAUUUAUAUUAAUAAUAAAUAAAAUAGUUUUAUCUAUCAUAAACAAACGUCACUUUUGUCAGCCGAAUAUCUAAUAAUAGAUUGGAUGGCGUCACUAUUCUGUUGGUAUUUUUUUUUAUUUAUUUUAAUGGUGUUUAAAACGUAUUACAAACUAGGUACUAUAUUCAUUUUUACUCAAAUAAUCAAGCUCUUAAAUACUAAUUUCUCAUUUUCUGAACAAUUGUUACUAUUUAUUUUUUAAGUAGGGCCAGUGAUAGGGCCAGGCGAUUUCAGGUAAGGCCAUGGCUUUACCUGGCCCACCUAUUGUACCACCACUGUUUGAUAUUAUAUAAAUUUAACAAAAUAUUAGAUUCUGAGCAAAGGGAGGUUUGUAUUGAUUUACUAUGUUUACUGUUUUGUGCCUGUCAACAACUUUUCUUCCGAAAAUCUUGCUCCGAAUUUUAUAGGAACUUUCUUGUAGCAUUCUUUAUUUUGAUAGAGCAUUGAGAACAACAUUUUUAUUUUAUUUUUCUUAAUAAAUCGGACAAACUAGCAAUCUUUGUAUAGUUUUUGUUGAUUUCUGAGUAAUCUUGGCAACAAAGAAAAAAUACGACUAAUAAUAUUCAACUCAGAAACGUUUUUCGUUUCAAUGUUUUAUCGUUGCGUACAGAUAUAAAUUAAAUUACUCUAUGUAUUCUCCCUUUCACCUUCUCUCCUAAAACAGUGGCAAACCCAUCAACAAUACCAUUCUUUUUAUUUUGUAUACCUACAUAAUAUCAAUAUAUUAAGUUAUUUAAGAUUUAUCACAGUUAUUUUAUCAUGUAAAAUAUUCAAAAUGUAUAUUACCAGAGUUUUGCAAUUUAUAAAAAUCUAAAAUAGUUUUUACAUUUUUUUUUUUUUAUAUAAAAAACAAAUACACCCCUAAAAAAACAGUAAAAAAAAUUAAAAUUCUUAAGUAUAAAAUGUAAAAAAAAUUUUCGAUUUUUAAAAACUUUUAAGUUACCUAUACAUUUUUCUCAAUUUGAAAAUGUACACGUUAAAAUGGCUCUUAUAUACAUUUUAAAUUAUCUUAUAUAUAGGUAUAAAUUCAACUCAGAUUUUGUUCGAAACAACAUUCAUUAUUUACUCAACGAGUCUCAUAUCAGAACUAUUAAAUAAAUUCCAAGCACUAACUCUUAUAAUUUAUCCGGUUUUAUUUGAAUAUAUAAUGUUGUGGGGAAAGGGACACAGUGUGAAGUAAUCUAUAGGAAAUAAUUUUGACAACUAAAAAUCGUUUUGAAAAACUUAUACAGACUUGACAGUCUCGUAAAAUUUAAAUUCCUCCCCCCCUCCCUAUCUUGUUGAAGUUAUCUUAUUUGCAGAUUCGUGGUUGUCCGGUCUCAAAACAAUAAUUCUCGAGGUCUUAGGGAGGUCUGGGACCAAAAGAAAAAAGGCCUCCCGGCAAGACUUCAUAAAUUAACACCAUCUAGAAGUUAUAAAAAAAAUUUGAUUAUACUUAUACAGCCAUAAAAUAACCAAGUAUCAAGUAUAAUUUUUAAGUAUAUGAACAAAAACUGGUUGUUUUUGUAAAAAUUAAAGCCCACGACCGUGGGCCACACAUUUCGUACGCCUUUCAGAAGCUUAAGAUUUUUAUUUCUAACGAUAUUAAUCGGCAUCACAGAGGACAUAAUAAUAUCGUCAUUUUAGAAUUGUUUACGAGCCUAUUAAUAGAUUUAAGAAAAUAUAUUUUUAGCUAUUCACACCUAUUAUAACUCUACUUGUGAUACAUGAGUAUGUUAAAUACAUUUAAACAAAUUUUUAUUCAAAAUUUUUUUUUUCACAGUCCCUUCAGUUAAAUUUUUUUUUUUACCGUUUUACCUUUUAGCUUGAUAUUUUUCUUUAUUUUUAUUACAAUUGAUUAUACCCAUAAAAUAACGACCUACUCACUUUUUAACAAAUUGUCGAGAUUAUUGAACUAUUAGCCGGUCUCUAUUACACGAAUACCAUAACAUGUUUGCUGUUAACAACCUUAUUCUUAGAUUCGUCUUCAUAUAGAUUUUAAUUAUUUUAUUAAUUCGCAAAAUCUACUAUUGUGUAUAUAUUUUAACGUAUCCGUAUAAUCAGGAAUGAAUUGGGCCAUCGGUCAAUCGGGAAAUUCCGAAUGGGCUGCUUGCUAAAAAAUCAGAAUGGGCUGAUAGAUUAUAGAUAUUGUAAUAGUUUCUGUUUUAAUUUUAAAAAAAUCGGCUGCAGCAAUAAUUUAUUAUUGGUUUUAAAAUGAUGUUUAUUACUUUUUUUUAUACUGGUAAGAAUAAAUGUAAAUUGAUAUAAUAUAAACAACCUCUGUAAUAAUAUUAUGUGUAUAUAUAACUGAGGAGGUAGUUUAAGUAAGUUAUUUUUCGAUUUUUUAUGAAGUUUUCUCAUCAAAUGUGAAAAAUCGAAAACGGAGGUAAAGCUAGAAAAACAUAGGAAAAACGGGGAAAUCGGUGCAGUAUUAAAUAAAAUUUAUUAAAGAAAAUAUAUAACACCUAUUUAAUUAUUUUAUUAUCAAGGUGGUGGAGUAAAGAAGUAGAACUUAUUAAAAUAUUUGGAUCUACUGAAGGCCUGUGUAAGAGCAACUCCAAACAGUUUGGAACUAAUGAAAGAAGGUGACAUUGAAUCUAAAAUUAGUCUUGAACCCAAAAAUGUAAAUUGCGAGAGUUGCAGAAACUGUGUUGUUUGUUUUUAAUAUAUUUUACAAAAAUUUAAUUUAUAUUGUGAUGCAUAUUCUAAUUUUUUUUUUUGGCAAGGUUUUUUCGUUUUUGAAAUUUUAAGGACAAGACUUCGCAGUCAACUUUCAGAUACCUACUAAGUUAGAAACAUUUAUGUUGAUGGUUAUUGAAAAACAAAAAUUAACAUUAUUAGAUUCUUAUAAAACUAUUGAAAAAAUUCAAAAAGAGAGAAAAAAAAAAACUCUCAGUAUAAAUUACUAAAAUCAUUAAUUAAAUAUGUUAAAAAGGUUUAUGUAUAAUAUACUAUAUAUAUUAUACAUUUCUAAUUCAAUUAAUAAACCAUAAUGUAAAAUUUGUAUUAACAACGGAUGGACAUAUUUCGCACGUGGGUGCAGCCACUGUUGUAGGGGGAAAGUUGAGCAGGUAAAAUACAGACAGGAAUUCAAUGUAUUGCAUCUAUAAGCAAGUAGCAACGAUAAACUAUUGCUAAUGCAAAAACGAUUCUGAGUGAAGUUCAGUUGUUAGUGUUACUUUGUUAACAAUAUACAUGUCAUAUUAUGAUAAAAUAAAAUUAUUACAACAAUGUGCGUUUCCAUGGAAACAACGAUUGUUUAAAAAAAGAUUUAAAUAAUAAAAACUAGUAAUAACAAAAAAUAAUUUUCAAUGACAACCGUUUUUUAAUCAUUCAAUCUUCUUUAACCUAAUCUCGUUAUCUCGAAUAUUAAUGAGAAUUUAAAAAAUUUACCUGUUUAAAGUACGACCCAGAGAACAUUUCCUUUCAGAAAAGGUACUAUACUUGAUAAUCGGAGUAAGCUUUCUGAUAGAAAAAGUGUUUACAUAAAUGAAAAAAUAAACAUCAUUGUAAAACCAAUACAUUUCUUACUCCACUCAGAGUUUAAAAUGAAAUGUAAAAUAAUGUAAAAUUGUAAUUGACUAAAAAAUUGAUUUGAACAACAAGGUACACUUGCAGGUUGCCCCUACACUCCCCUCCCAAACAUUGGCUGUUACAUAUUAAUUUUCCCGGGUUGGUCUAUAGUUCGAAUCCACCUCUGCGUCUAAUGUUAAAAAAGUAUUUUUUGCCGUUCGUUUCCGCGUCCUUAUAUAUUUAUUCUGAACGUUUUGGGUUUCUCUAAUACCAACAAAAUUUAAUUUUUUCAAGAUACGAUAAAAAAGAUUUGUUCAUUAAAAAAUUAUAUUAAAAAUAUCUUGUUUAAAAUUUUAAGAAAUAUUAAAAUAUUAUCUAGGUCAGGGAUUGGGAACCUACGGCUCUUAAAAAUGAAAUCUAUGGCUCUUUGGAAAAUGCAUUUAGAUAUUCUAGAUCUAAAACUAGACCCAUAAAAUAUAAAUUAAAAUUCGAUUAUAUGCCUACCUACAAUUCCCAAUGAAAUCGCUUAGUAAAAUAUAUUAGUCGUUUUUGUACUAUGAUAUUUUUAUUUAUAUUUUUCCCUAACCAUUGCAAAUCAUUGAAAAUCAUGGUUUUGCAAUCUUUGCAAUCUUCCGUUAAAAAACGGCUCAUUUACACGAAAAAGUUCCUGACUCCUGACCUAGAUAAUCAUUAUUUGUGUAAUUUUGUUUUUAUCAAAAAGUUAAUUUAGGUUAUAGACGUUAUAGUUUUGGUUGACUUAUCUCCCAUAUGUAACAAACGAAAAUUACGUACUUAGUUCUAUAAAAUACUAUUAUCUAUAUUAUGACUUAUUACCGUGUGCGUCUUAUUUUCUUACAUGGAUAUGGUGGCUUAUUACUUUUUUCACAAUCAAUAAUCACUAUUUAAUUAAUCCACAGUAUUUCGGUUAUGACGGACGUAGGAAGUUCAAAGGAAUUGUAUAACAUGUCAGACAAAUAUAAACAAAUUACGAACUAAAGGAUGACUUCAUUUAUCAAAAAUCAUGAAUUUCGUAAUUUUUUUAAAAAAAUCCGGAGGUUGGAGAAAUGUUUCCACGGUCUCCGUAGUAUUUCGGUUGUAACGGUCGUAGGAAUUUCAAACAAAUUACGAAUUAAAUUAUGGUGGAAUUGGGGCAGUGUGACGUAUCAUACGAAUCAACUGCCUGUAAAACAAAGUAAGCGUCACUGUAUCAAUUUAACAAACAUUUAGUGUUUUACCGUCAAAUUAAGGGUAGGAGGUAUGGCAUCAUUUUUUCAUUUAAUUUAUACUUUUAUUAAGGUGAUAUCAUCAAAAAAGUCUAGAAAAAAUAAUAAAUAUGAAGUCAUACAUAACACCCUUAAUUUGACGGUGAAACACUUAAACUGUUUUAAGCCGAACAACUAUUUUUACACCAUAUUUAUUGCUAAGACGCAGAGUUACAAAUAUUUCACUAUAAAAACAACAAAAACAUUAUAAAGGAAUAAUUUGAAUUAGGUUGGUACUUUAGGGAAGAUAUUUUUUGAAAUAUAUAAUAUUUGCCAUGAAGGAGACAAAUCGAAAAAUUGUCUACCUAGUUUCUAUAAAUACUGACAAAUUUAAUAUUAAACAUUCUUCCUCAUUAGUUCAUACGGUAUUAUAAAAAUAUCGAAAACCUGGAGUCAAAUAUUUCCCUUUAAAAUAAGUGUUUGAAAUUCAAAAUUUUACGAAGACUAUAAAAAUUGGUAACAUUUUACAUAUUAUUUCCAUUUAACUGAAGAAAAUAACAUGUUUGUCUCCAGAAAAAUAUUAAAUAAAUUGACACAAUUAUUACUAAACUAUGAUGAGCAAGUUUAGUAUUUAGUGCUAAAAAAAAGACUAUUGACUGUCUUCAUUUAUUUUUAUUAUUAUUUUAAGUUUAUAUAUAUAAUACAAAAUCCGUUGAAAAUUUUAAAUUUAACAAAAAAAAUAUUUGAUUGAACCCAUUUUGAACCGCUUUACCAAACCUAACCUAACCUUCUUAACUCUCCCUGUUUUCCCCUUAUACAACAGUACCUCGGCAGUGUUUACGAUAUUUUUUUUUUAUGUUUAUAAUAACUAUUUAAUAAAUUAUUUAUUUACAGGAUACUUAUAUUCUCUGGUGUAACUAUACACGUUUUACUGAUCAAAUUUAGUGUUCCGUUAAUUUAACGAGAACAGAACGUCUUCUAGAGUUCUAUAUAAAUGUCUAGAAUCGUGUACAUUUAUUAUUAAUUUAAUCGGAACCAGGAUUUCGACACAACGUAAACAAUCCGAUAACAGCACGGUGAAUUGUUAAAAAUAUAAUUUUCAUAAAAAACGAACACACAAUGUUAAUAAUUUACUAAGACAUACAUUAUUCCUAUAUAUGUAUAGUUGUACCCUUAAUUGUACUGCGCAUUAUAACUAUUAUUUAUACGUUUAUACUCGUGCACAGACAAAAUACAUUCUAAACAAUAUACAUAUAAUCCUGUGAUAAACUGUUUAAACUAUUAAAAAACACUCGUAACAAACACCAAUAGAAUUAUUAUACAGUGUAAAACUGUGUAUACUUGCGGAUAUAGACACAGAACGAUUCGUCGAAUAGAUGAAUAUUAUAAAUAUCAAAAUAGUUCUAAAUUUUUUUUUCGGAAUAAUUUAUAUAACUUUAAAUAUCGCUAAAUGCGUUCAAUCUCUCGUCGUCCCGUAAUCGUAAAAGCGUAAGUGGGUUGCCUUUAUUAGCACAGCAGAACGUGUACACUCGAAAUACUCUGCGCAAUUCAAAUUAUUCACCACAUAAAAAUCAGCUUUUGUUGAACAUUGAAUAGAAAAUAUCGCGUGUUUAUACAAUUAAACGGAAUAUUUGUAGUUUUUUUUGUAACUGCCGGCCAAAAGAAACCAUCAAUAUUUUCAAGCUUGACGCGUUUUAGAAUAGGUACAUAAAGACGUACGCAUCUUUUUAAUUUUGUAACAAUGUAGUAGAGAGUAGUUAAUUAUUAAAGACGUUCACACCGAACCUAUUUAUAACGAAAUAUUAAAUGAUAAAAAAUAAAUACGAAACUCCGUGUCAUAUAUUCCGCGUAUAAUAAUAUUGUAGUUAUUCUAAUUAUAAAAAAAAAACCCGCAAACUCAUGCGAUAUAUUUUUUUUUACUUUUAGUUUUUACCGAAUUUUAAUCGCACGUUCGGUGACGAAUUUAUUUUUAACUAUAUUUAACUAAUUGAACGAAUUAAAACAUAAUGGCGUCCGACUGUUAAAAAAAACCAAAAGCGUCCAAGUCUUUGUAAAGUGAGUGUACGUUUAACACUAGGUUUAAAUGGCCGUAAUUAUUGGCUCUGUACCAAUUAUACCUAUUAAUUUAACAAUAACGUAGUGUAUAGCUUUUAUUCGAGAGUAAAUAAAAUAGUGUAACACGUAAAAUACAAAAGUAAAAUUUCAAUAAAAUUACGUAAGGUAUUAUAACAGAAUUAUUAUUAUAAUAGGUAUAUAACACAAAUUGUUCGGAAAACGAUUACCGACGACGGUAAACGUCUUAUUCUCAUACGUAAAACGAAAUAUCGUGAAAAUUAUUAACCAGAUAUUAUAUUUGCCAAACAUAAAUAAUCGUGUAAAAUACGUAGUAUGUAAAUCUCUCGGUUUGCUUUGUAUUUUAUGAUAUUUUGCCGGUAUAAAAACGAUAACAAAUGACGGUGAAAAAAGGUCGAGUAGCAUGUUGAAAAUAUCGUUCCGAUCGAAUUGUUCCAAAAGCCGAAUUGUCAUUUUGUUAUCCGAUGUCCCGUAAGCCGUUAUUUCAUCGCGUCGAAAAAUAAUAUUUUGGGAUCGUACACAAUCAGAACGGUGUACAUAAUAUUAUAAUUGCAAUCGAGAAAGGUAGGGGAGGUGUUGUUUUAAAAUUACCAUGAAUAUAGCAAAACAUUAAUGGCGAAUCGAAUAAUUAUCACAAAAUACGGCAAUACACUCGAAAUGAUUUUUAAAAUUAAUACGAUUUUUUAGCUGUUUUUAUACUGUCCACUGAAGAACCCUGGGACGAAAACCUCCCAAAGUCUUUGCUUCUUCGUCUGAAAUUAGUUCAUAAUCUCCAAAGAGUAUUAAUAAUUGAAUGAGAGGUUCUCAAUGUUCCUUUAAUUUUUUUUUUUAUUAUCAUAAUAAAUUAUUCUAAGUCACAAUGAUAGGUUAUAGGUUAGAAUUUUCAACCAAACAAUACUAUUUUGUAUUUUCUUCCUCGUCCAUUUUAUCUCACCUAGCCGCCUACUUAUAUAUAUAUAUAUCUCAUGUCCAUCGUCAUUUCUUCAUAUCUACUCAUUUCGCCCGAUCAUAUCUCCUCUAAAAAAAAAUCUGUACCAGUGUUACGCUAUUCCUAGGCUACACCUCGUAUAAAGUCCCGACAUUGAAUGUUUUUGGUUUUUUUUUUCGCAGUAUGUCAGAGAAACGGACACUAUUGAGCCGUCCCCGGACUCGCGUAUACGAUUGCAACUACAACAUCGGCGAGGGCUACUACAAGCCCAUGAUGGACCACCUGGACCGCAAGUACUACGGAUCUUCGGCGGCCCCGACCAAACCCAGCAGUGGGUUUUUCGACAGCAACAAGUCGAGCCUGUUUGGUUCAUCCGGUGCGACUAGCGCGUUCGACGAGUAUAGGGCGUCGUCGCCGGUGCGGUCAAGGCGCAGUGGAUCCGACUCGAGGCUAUCGUUACCCGACGACGAUUUCGAACAAGAGGUAAUAUGAACAUAUCCAUCGCGGCUUUGCCUAUACGGUGCGAGUCCAAGACAGAUGGACUGGGAAAUAGGAUAACGGGGACUAUGCGGCGGUGCUUCUGGGCAAUCGAAUGUCGUAGCAAUAAUACUAUUCUCCCGUUUGGCGGGUUACCUCGAAAACAAAAACUCCGCCAGUCUCCCCGAACCCUAAAUCGUACUUAGAGUAGUGGUUCCCAAAAAUGUGCCACGUAGUCGUCUACAAAUUACACACCUAGGUACAGAUUUAGGCGAGGAUUGAAACCGGUAUUGAAUACCGAGUAUGAUAAUAUAUUGGUUAUAAAUCCGAAAUCAAAACAGUAACAUUUGUUAUAUCAAAAUAGGUUGAUGCGAAACGAAAAAGGCUAGCAAUAAUUAGUCCUGGCACGAUUAUAUUUUAUAAAUAAUUAGAAAAACCAUAAUAAUUAAUUUUGAUAAAACUAAAAAAUAUGAAUUUAACAAUAUUUAUAAUACCGGCGUGUCAGUGAUUUUUUAGAUUAUUGACCCCGUGAUACCUCGGUAAAAUGGUGAUUUCUUAAUUUGCCGACUUCCAGUUUGCCGACUACCAAUUGGUCGACUCCCAGUUGCUGUGUGGACACACAGUAAAAUCCAUUGGACACACAGUAGAGUAUGGUUUUUCUUACUAUGUGUCUACUAGAAUAUAAAUAGUAAAUGAUUGAAUUAGUAGGUACUGAGAGAAAAUGUUGAAUUUCAUUAUAAUAGGCAUUACUUAUAUUAGUAGAGGAUGAGGGAUGGGUAACCAGGAGAAGUCUGAAAGCCAAAGGUAAUGUUUGGUUUAUCUGCCCGUGGAGCUUAUUUUAAUGAAGGGGGGUAGUGAGCACGUAGUUCACUAAACAAAAAAAGCCCUAAGAAAAAGUUAAUCAGAAUUUUAAAAAACCAUCGUUAUAAUUAAUAUUGUAAUAUUAAAUUUGUGUUUCCAGUGAUUCUGCGCUCUCUUCUUUUUUUUUUUUUUUGUUACGGAAUUACUUUAAAAUAUUUGUACAUUCGAUUUCUCACUUUUAAUAUAUGUACGCGUGCAAAAAUCGAAAAAUAUGAAUCAAUCAUUUUAAUAAUAAUAGCUAUACCGUGUGCACAAGUUAAAGAAAACUUGCGGUGGCACCUAAAAAUAAUAUUUACACUAACUUAAUUAAAUGCAAAUAAAGUAGAAAAAAAAAAUAAUAAUAAACUAAUUAAAAUAAAUUAUAUUUUAACAAAAGUUAAAAUUAAAAACUAUAUACUUACGGUUUCGCAAAUCGUUUUAAUCAUAUAUUUAAUUUAUUAAUAAGUACGUUUUUAUUUUUAAUUACUGUACUAAUAUAAACGUAUAUCUAAAUAUUUUAAAAUAAUAAAGUAAAAACAAAAUUAUUGUAUAAAUGGUUAAUACUCGUAAAUAAAUAUGUAAAUAAAAAAUGUGUGUAUAGAAAUAAUUAAUUAAUUAAUUAAUUAAUGCGUCGCCUGGAGUAAUAUGAUAAGUGUAUUAUACGACCGGUUUCGAAUUAAAAAUUCAUCAUCAGGUAUAUGACAGUCAAAAUGUAAAACGCGACUCAUAAUAAUACUUAUCAUAAUACUCCAGGCGACGUUAAUUUAUUUAUUUUUUAUUUCUAUAUAUAUAGAAAUUGUAUAUUUAUAUAUUUAUUUAUUGUAUCUAAUAUUAUAGUGAUGUAAUAUUAUCGUUUUUAAUUUCAGAAUUUUUAAUUUCUAUAACAUUAUAUAUAUUUUAAUAAUAUUAUCAUAUUAUACAUUUACGUUAGCUCGUUCGAUUCGAGAAAAAUAUUUAUUUUUAAUUCUUUUAAUGUUUUAUUAUUUAUUUUACCUAUAUGUAUUUAUUCGGCUUCAUCAAAAAAAAGUAGCAAGCCUAUAUAAUAAUAAUAAUAUAUCAAACAGACAAUAGUAUAUUAUUAUACAUACACCGUACUUAUCUGAUAAAAAAAAAAAUACAGUAAUAAUUUAAAAAAAUGACAUUUCUCGUAAAUACGUAAAAAUAAAUAAAACAUACAAUAAUAAUAUAUUACAUAUAUAUUUUAGAAUUAAUUUGAAUAUAUUAUAAUAAUAUUCAGUAAUAUUAUACUGCAUUAUCAUAUUAUGCAUUAUAAAAAUGGCAUAAUAAACAUUUUAUGGCUUUAUAUUAUAUUGUAAACCCUUUGUGCUGCAUAGAUACUCAAAAGUAAAGAGAAAGAAAAUAGGCGUGGGAUUUUAUUUCUAGAGUGUGCGUUUUUUUCAUAUUAAAUUGACUAGUAAAAUUACUAAAUUGCGUUAAUAAUUGAAUACAUUAUUCAAUUCGGCAUUUUCCCUACUGCAUUUACCUACAUACACGAGUAUAUAAAAUUUCAGACUAUGUACCAUAUUUUAGAUUUGGAGCGUAGCGAGGGAUUUAUUGGUUUUACUACGAUGCUUUUUUUUUUUUUUUCUGAAAACAACUUUUCGAAAAAAAAUAUUGCUCCGAUGUAUAGAGUAACUUUUCUGAAAAGACAUGUUGUCUAGUCAGUGCGUUUAGUGGUCAUUAUUUUGAUUUCCAGGUAAAAAGGAUAAAUAAUUACGGCACGUCGCGGCGUUACCGUUUUCAUUGUUUUUAAUUUGUAUACAAUAUGAUCAAUUUUCCGCCAGAAAUAUUGCACCAAUCAAAAAAUGACAAAAGAUCGAUUUUGUUCCUUUUAAUAUACAACCACUAUCGAGGAAAACCUUGCUUGUUUCCGAUUCUCUCCUUUAGCGUGGCGUGUCUCAGUUGCUGAAGUCGUGGUCCUAUCACUUGAAUUGUUAUGACCUUAUCCCGUUGGAUGAGGUUAUACUGUUGUAAAUUAUAAUACCUACGCUAUUUCCUUUAUUUCCACUGUUUUUCUUCUUUUAUGCACUCAUAUCCAGAUACUAAAUCGGCUAAACUAAUUAAAAAUUAUUUCAUUGAAUACUUAAUACUUAAUAGUGAUAAUAAUAUAUUUUAUUUCUCAAAUUGCAUAAAUAAUAAAUAUAUUCUGGGGAUUAAAGGUAUAAUAUAUAUAUAUAUUAAUAUUAUGCUUUAUAAUUUUGUAAUGAUACUGCAAAGUGCAGUCAGUGGGCCCUAUAUAUAUGUAUAUGUUUAAUAUAGAAAUAUGAAGUAUGUAUUUUGAAAUAACCCGUCACGCUAUGUAGACAAGGGAAAGAGAGAGUAAAAGUAAAAAAGGAUACUCAAGAGGUGUCACUGUUAUGCUAUAUGACAAACAAUAAUGUACACAAAUUGCACCUAACAUAUUAUUUUGUUCAGUCAUUUAUUUUUUGACGUUCUGUGAUUUUCGAUACUUUUAUUUAUAUUUUAGUCGUUGUCAUUUACCGCAAACAGUUUUAAUUUUGUCAAAAUGCGUGUUAUAUUAUGUUAUGACGACGUCAAUAUAAUAUUAGGUUAUACACAUUCGUCACGCACUAUAUAAUAAGGUGUAUAGCAAAUAUGAAAUUUAUAAUCCUGUUCCGGUAUAUAGUACGGUUAAAAAUCCAGAUAAUAACAAAUACUAACAUGUACUCUAAAAUUGGUUACGCUAUAAAACUUUGUUAUUUUUACCGACUGUAAAAAUCCGAAUUUAUAACAGGACUGAAUAAAUAUGAAAAUAGCUCGAUUAAAAUUGUAUUAUACAAAAAAAAAAAAAAAUGAGCACAAUUUUGCAUACAUAAAAUAAUUCAACACGUACAAUACCGGAUUAAGGGUCUUGCGGACCCCGGGGUAAAACUUCAAAAUGGGCUCUCAUACAAAUGUUUUUACUACAACAAUUUUUGACGACCAUUUAAAAAAUAAAUAAAUUAUUGUUACAAUGGGUCCUUCACAUUGUUGGGCUCAGGGAACGUAUAGUCAUCAUUUAAUCAAGGCUUGUCGGUUUGAUAAAACUAAAAUAUAGGAUGCUUUACAUUAAUAAAAAAAAAGUGCAGUAAGUUACACGCAAAUAUGGUUCAAUAAAAAUACCUUAUUUAGGUGCAAUAUAAUUAGAUUAGAUUAGAUAAACUUCACGUACACGUUGGAUCAAAUUUCAUUCAUCUGAUAAAAUGAGCACAUUAAAUGCUUUAAUUAUUAUAGAUGGAUUAUGGUGGAUCAAUAGAUUAUUAUACAUUUAACGAUUAUACAGUGUUCUUCUUGUUUUAUUCACAUCCACUAUUAGGUAUCAGGUACCAAGAAUAAAACUAGGAAAGGGUAAACUCCGGGCUGUACUUACAUAUUGUAAGCCGAUAAUAAAGAAGGUUAUAGAUAACUAGAUCAUCAUAGAAAACCGUGUAAUUUACACCUUGGAGCCUGACCAAAAUAAAAGGAUGUCAAAGUGUUUACAAAAGUCUAUAUGAGUAUUUUUAACAUCUAUUUUUGGCAUUGUAUUUUUUUUUUAACGUUUAUACAGGAGUAAAAAUAAUCAAAGAAUGGUUUGCAUUGUAAUGUGUGCGUAAGUGUAUGUAAAUUUACAAACACGUCACUAUAAGAUUUGUGUACGUAUACGAGUAUAGUGAGUUGGAGUAGUAUAAGUACCUCUGACUCUUGACUUAAAGUCUGAGCACUAUUUCUAGAGAAAUGAAUACGCGUAAAGGUUUUAUAAACACGUGUAUUUCAAACUCGUCAUUAACAAUUUUUAUUGUCUUUUCCCGAAAUAUCGUGUAUUAUAUUGUCAUGGAUUAUUUCUUUAUUUUUUUUUAAUAUAUAAAAAAGUAUCACAGUCGAACAAUAAACCUAAUGAUUUUCGUAUUAUUCGAUCCAAAUGUUAUUGAACAUUUAUGAAUUUUAUUUUGAUUUAUUUGUCCUUUAUUGCCUUUCGCUCAAUAUCUCAUCAAGAACCUUUUCGGUUAUAUUACAAAACCACUCCACAGUCCACAUCCAUCUCUCAUCUUCAGUACAGUAUCUUCCUAAUUCGUUAUAGGUAGGUACCUAUAAUAGCUGAUUCAUCGUCUUCUUUCAUUUUGUCUCUCUAUAAAUUUCUUCUGCGAUCUCUCUUCUGUACAUCUAUAAUUAUUAUACCAAUUAAAAUUUAAAAAAUUUACUACUAGCCAUAUUAUAUAGUUUAUUAUUAUCAUUAAGUAGGUACAUAAAUAAAUUCAGUUUUUUACACCAUACAACCAAAUUUUAUUUAUUUUUUCCAGUAUCGAAAUCGCGCAAGCAUAAUACAUCUACUGGAAUAAGUAUAAAUACAUAGAUAGUACAAUUGAAUGUAAAUAUAUUAAACAAAAUCAUAAGUUGUUUGUUUUGUUUCUUCUUCUUUUUAUCAUCACAGUAUAUCAAUGUAAAUACACGAAGAAAGAUAACAAUAUUUUCAUCUGUCUUGAUGGAAAAACGAUAAUCGUUAUCAAUUAUAACAAUAACCGUUAUCAGUAAUCAAAUAAAAUAUGAAUAUUGUUAUAAAAUGUACAUAGUUACGUACGACUAUAUUAUAUUCAUAUAUAUUCAUCUAUUAUUAUUUAUUAAACACCUAGUAUUAGUACCAGUAAUAAAUAAACACGGUCAGGAGUAUAUUACUAACACUAAUAACACCCCCCCCCCCCACACACACACACACUACGCUACUGCGUCCAAUAUUUACAGGAUUCACCAUGUAGACACUGUUUUGUAAUUCGUUGUUUUAUUUUAAUGUCAAUAUAAUUUUAUACAGUUCUACACUUUUAUUAAUAUUUUAUAUAUCAUGUCAGAGGUAAAUAAAUUAUUUCCGCAUGUGAGAAAUAUGUUUAAGGUUUUAUCAAUAAAUUAUGUAUAUUAAUUAGGAAACGGAAUCGUAUACACUAAAAAUCUAUGAAAACGUCAAAAUAAUCACUAAGUAAUUCUUUUCAAAUUAAUGUAUACAUGUUACACAAAAAAACAAAAGACGAACAUUAUAUUUCGUCCGAUUGAAAGGCCACUGUUAUUGGUGAGAAGUUGGAAAGGAAAGAUAUAUAUAGGAAUUUAAUGUAUUUUUUUUAUACAACAAUAAAUCAUUGCUAAUGAAAAACGAUUCUGAGUGUUAUUCGGCUUCAAAAUGACCUUCCAAAAGUAUCAGCUAAAUACAAUAUCCUUUCAGAAAAGGUGCUAUAUUUGAAAAAAAAAACAUCAUUGUAAACCAACGCAUUACUCAGUUUCGCUCAAAAUCUAAAAAUAUUUUUGUUUAAAUACUUGUCAUUUUUUUAGUGUUAAAAAAUUAUUUUUAAUAAGUUAGAACUAUUAAAAGCAGGGGACCUUCAAACCCCUCUACCCCGUUUUCUUUUUUAAACAUUUUCAAGUGCUUUUUGACAAUUUAAGAGUUUUUUGUGGAUUUUAAAUUCAUAUGAAUCCGUUUCCUAAUAAUAAUCAUAGAAAAAUACGAUAAAAAUGAAAAAUAAAAUAAAAGAAUAUUUAAUUGUUUAUAAAGAUAAUAAAAAUUAAAUGGAUUUUUUUUUUAUUAUUUUUUUUUAUUAAUCGAAAUGUAUUAUUCAUAAAACAAUGCUGCAACUAUAACUGCAGCACAGUCGUAGGUUUAUCAAAAACUUUAAUUAUUAAAAACAAAAAACUAUUUAGAGUUUAAAACUAAUAAUAAUAAAAUGUAACGAUUUUAUUUAGAUUCUGAACGUAGGCACAUAAAAAAUGAUGUGAACAUUUGAUUAACUGCAAUAUACGCAUACUAAUAUAAUUAUACAACACUAUAACUGUAUUACUCGGAUUUUUCCGUACACAGAAUUUAACAAAUAGCAAAAAUAAAUAUGCGUUUCUGUACAUUAAAACAAAUAAUUAUAAUAUUAAUUUUUCCCUAAGUAACCAGUGGAUACCAGAAAUAAACAAAAUAAAUGCAAUUUUUGUAUUUUUAAACACAAUUCUUGUGAGUCGCACUUUAAGGUUAAAUUUCCCAUUCUGUUUCAAACCACUCUCUAAACAAUCCUAGAACUAUUUCGAACAAACAGUGAAAUUUUCAACGAAAUCGAAUAAUCUUUGAGUAAACUCAACCAAACAUUUAAUUCAAUUAUUGCCUUUUAUAUUUUUUUUUUUUUUUUAGGCUUUUACGAGCCAUUUAGGCUCUUUGCCGCCAAAACNUUCCCCUUGGUCUCUUUCCCCUUGUCAUAUAUGUCAAUGCUUCUUUCAACAUACUUCCAUCAGCCCGCCAUACAUGGCCUGCCCAUUCUAUCCUUGUCCCUCUGGUGAAUUGGACCACAUCUUCUCUUUUGUACAGCUGGUAUAGUUGGGCGUUUGUUCUUAUUUCCCAUUUCAGUUCUGUAUUGUUGAAUACGGGUCCAUACAUUUUUCUAAGAACUUUUCUUUCAAAUAACCGUAGUUUUUCAUCAUCGCCUCUCCUCGUUGCCCAUGUGGCACAUGCAUAUGUCAAUAUAGGGCGGAUGUAACUAAUGUAUAGAUGUUCUUUUGUUUUUCUUGACAGCAGCUUAGAUUUAAAGAGGGUUUUCAGUGCAUAAAGGCAUCGGUUAGCAGCGCCCAAUCUAAUAUUGAUCUCACCAUGCAUGUUGUUUUGGUUAUUUAGGGUAGACCCAAGGUACUUGAACUCUUGUACUUCUUCAAAGGUGUUAUUUCCCACGUGGAGGUUAUUAUGGUCACCCCCUCCUCGCUUUACCAUCAUGUAUUUAGUUUUUCCACUGUUUAUGGUUAAGCCAAUAUCUUUUCCUAUCUUUAUCAGUUCUUCAACAGUAUUCUGAAUACCUUCUCGUGAAUUCCCAAUAACCACUAUGUCGUCUGCAUAUGCUAGUAAGAUGCCUUUUAUAUAAUUAUAGAUUUUAGAUUUUAUUUUUAGGGGAUGUCCUGACAAUAUUCUUUCACAAAUAUUACCAUAGACUGAUAAUAAAAAUGUAUCAGCCCCUACACACUCAUCGAAAUUGAAGACUUAUGCUCCGAGAUACUCCCUAAAUACACCACAGUUUACAAACCACGCUAUUUUAAUAAAUACAGGAUUUAUGCACUAUACUUCACAAAGACAUUGUAUGUAUACGUUUUUGUAUUUUCCUCAAAAUAAUUGGGGAAAACCCGAAAGAAAAUUAUAGGUAAAAAGGCGAAUAUUUAAGGCAUAACCGUUUUCAUUAAUUUAAUUUUUGCAACCUAUGUUUCCUACCAGAAGUAAUGUUCCUAUCGAAAAAUGACAAAAGAUCGAUUUUGUUUCUUUUACCAUGUAUAGCCGUUGACAAUGUAAGUCAUUUUUGGAUCCCAAAAGCAGUUCUCAUAAUAAUUGUAAAAAAUAAAAAAAUACAAUACAUUUUCAAAUUAUUUUAAAUUGUACUUUUAGAAGAUUUGAAUUUCCAACCCCCGACCCCACCGUUAUGUUUGCACAAAUCCUACUUUACCUACCUAUUUUGUUAAAGCUUUAUUUGGUUCAAUUACUUAUCAAUAUAUACAUGAAAAAAAGAAACAAGAAAUAUUAUAACAGAAAGAAAUAAGGUUGGGGAAAUAUUCAACUCUAUAGUGAGGAGCUCUGCUUCUCCUGUGUGUGUUUUUUUUUUUUUUUUUUUUUUUUAUAACGAUCUUGUGGUAAUUGCUCGUCUAGGGAUAGUAAUUCACAAGCGCACGUGUCUAAUUAUUUGUGUUCGAAAAUAAUAAUGACACUCAUUGCUAUAAUAAUAUAACACUAACUAUCAUCCUACACAUAAAGAUAAAAGUAGAAGAACCUCAUAAAACUAUACUCAUUGCCCAGUAUAAAUUAUUAUGCUAUGUACUGCCAAGAUUACGACGAUUACGGUUAUACGCAGUGGCGUAGCCAGGGAGGGGUUUUGGGUAUUGUUACCCCUUCCCUCACAUUGCUUAUUUUUAUCUGUAGGUAAGGUUGAGAAGGUUGCAGACCUAUAAAACCCCUUAGACUUCCCUUCCAUUGAUAUAUGCUAGUUGCGGCACUGCAAACAAAUACAUACUUGGACUAAAUCUUAUUCUUCAUCCCCCCAUGCUUACCCAUGAAUAUCUUAAAUUCGUUGAGCUUUUGUCUUUACGUAAAAAUUAAAGAAAUACAUACUUCUGAAAUUUAUCGAAUAAUAUAAAUGUGGGAACAUGCACCUAAUAAUCUUGUGAAAUUGAAAUCCAUUAGAUUUUAUAACAUCCGAAACUAACCAAACCACAUAAAAUAACCUAACCUAACCCAUAACGUUAUACACAUUAUACAAUAGUGGUGUACCCGGGAUAAUUAUGUUGAGGGAGGUGAGCAUAGUAAAUGAAAACUACAUAUUAUGAUAAUACCGAUAAAAUGUAUCUAAACCAGUGUUUUCCAACCAUUUUACCACCACGGACCAUUUCGAUAAUUUUUAAUAGGUCGCAGACCACCUUAAUUGAAGUGCUCCCUGUAACAAACAGAUAAGUCCAUUCUUUAAAAUUGUUCAAGAGAAAAAAAAUUGUAAAUAAUUAUUAUUUUGAUAAUAAUUGAAACAAUUUCUUUUUCACUAAUAACAUUUUAUACGCGUACAACUGCAAUUUAUUUGUUAAACAUAAUUUUAAUUAAGUAUACCAACCUAAAUAUAUAUAUAAAAUUACCAACAUGUGGACUUAAAUAAGUGUAAAUAGUCAAACAACAUUUAGGAACUUAUUAUCCAUCCCUAAGAUUAAUUUAGUCUACAAUUCACAUAUUUAUAUUAAUAUUAGGUAUGCUUUAUUACAAAAUAAUAUCUAAAAUACUACAUAAUAGGCUAACAUAUUGAAUAAAAUAAAAAUAAUGUAAAAAUAAAAUAACAAAGUAUAUAAAAUAUUGUAUUUAAAUAUUUGUAUAUCAGUUCACAAGAAAAUUAAUUGUUGAGAAAGCUCAUUUCAUCCAAUGGGAGUUGUAUACUCUAAGUAAAAGUACGUAAAAACGUAAAAAUUCGAUUAAUCUCAUAACUAAAUAUUUGAGAAACCAUGCUAUCGGUAAACAAUUAUCGGUCGCAAUAUUAAUGUUUAAUAAAUCGUUAUUUAAAGGUAUUUAAUAAAUACUUUUAUCAAAGUAAUAAACCUUUGGUACCUACACAUUUAUAAAAGUUGAAACACACUAAUCGAUGGUCGGCAGUAAUAACGUUAAUAAUAUUGUUCAUUACUUUGUAAAAACACUUUUAAAAGUGGAAAAAUACAAUGGAUAUUAUAUUUUUUCGUAAUUUUUUUUUUUUAUUAUUUUAAAUGAACGAGCAAAAAAAAUAAGAUAAAAUCUAUGGACCACAGGUUGGGAAACACCGAUACAAACCUAUUAAAUAAAACUUUUUCUCGAGUUUAUUUUGCAAACUACAUAUAAUAUAUUUAUUGGGUGGUGCAGUUAUUGUUCGAACUUUUGGUUAAGUUAUAGUAUACAGUGCAAACGUGCAAUGAUAAUAAUUUUGUUAGUUUAUAAUAAUUGUUUUCGUUUUAAAACACGGCCAAUUGUGGCUGAGUUCAACAUACAUUCGAUGCUAUGCAUGUCGAUUAAACCGAUUAACACUGACACAGCAAAAACCUGAGAGAUACUGGCCGACCGACAAAAGGGUGGCAAUAUUAUACGCGCUCCUCUCGACGCCGUAUCGUUGCGGAAGCAUGUUAUAAUAUGUACGCGUUACAGACCGGAUGUCAGUUUAACGCUCUUUAUACAUUUUUAUAACACGGUAAUAUUUUAUAUUUUUCGUUAUUAUUAUUAUUAUUAUUUUAUUUUUUUUUUUUUUUUUGACGUUUUCGAUCACGAACGUACACUUGUAUACGAACGUCUUUAUAUUUUAUAUAUGAACCUAUAUACACUAUAUAUAUAUACUUAUCCAUAUGGAUACGUGAAAGUUCAUAACGUUAUAUUAUUUCGGAGUAACGUGGCGAAGGUAGGCCUCUUGUGGGGCUGCAUAUAUUAGGAUAGUAUCAUAAAUAUUAUAGCACGAGGUUACGGCGUUGGCGAGAAUUACAUAGCCGCUGUAACAAACGACAACGAUAAAAUAAUAAUGUACACUAUAUUCUAAUAUUAUACUCGUUGGCCGAAACUAUACUUGUACUUUCGUUUCUACGAAUCCCCGUGACCGUAACAAGUUAGUUCGUUCAAAACGCACACGAUAUUUUAUUACAAAAAUGUACAAAAUAAAUAUGUGUGUAUAUUAUUCAUUGGAACAUAUUCCACGAACAAAACAAAGAAUCGAUGCCUUGGAUGAAAAUAUGACCCAAAAAUCUAAAAAAAAAUAUCUGAUCAUUCCAUUUGAAAGUUAAAAAACAUAAUAACAAUUAUAUAAAUGAGGUAAUUUUUGCACGCAACCAUAUAAAGUAUUAUAGUAACAAACUAAGCAUAAAGGAGAUACAUAUUUCGAACUUAUAAAAAAAAAAAUUUAUUUUCCACUGUAGUAAAAAAAAUAUCUCAAAAUAGAACCUCAGAAAAAAAAAAGUUUUUUUUAUUUAAGGUACACGCUGUACUGAAAUGUAACAUUUCUCUUGAGUCUUUAUACACUUUACAUUGGGUCGCUAGUUACUCAAACGACGACCCGUAUAUGAAAAAUGCCAUGAUAAAUCGACGGAGUUUAAGUUGAAAUACUCGUACAUUAUGUCGGUAUUUCAAUCUGUGUCUAAGGGGUUACGUGUAUUCAUACCGACCUAACGUGCGAUCGUGUGUUACAGGUGGCGGCCCUGCGCAAGGCCCGCGCCGCAAAGGCCGCGGCCGUCCGGACGGCGUCGCUGGAGAAGGAGUUCGAGUCAGCGUUCAACGGAUUUGCGUCGGAUGGCAAGCCGAGGGCGCGUCUGAAUUACACGGAGAAGCUGUUGGAUUCCGUGGGCCUUAACAGCAAGUCGCAGGAGGCGCUCGAGGAGGAGAUAUACAAAAAGCGGACCAAGUCGUACUAUCAGGACGCGGAUGACGUGACUGCCGCCGCGGAACAGCACGCCAACAACCGGUGGUCGGCCGCGUUCAAGGCGCAGAUGCAAGACGCCGUCGACGAGCGUUCCGCCGACGAACUGUCCGCCGCGGCCCGUGCCCGCAAGUCCAAGGCCCGCCUGCUGGACAUCCAGAACGAGCUGGAUGGCAUUGCCGAACGGGACGCGGCCCGCCAGAGGCGGACGGCCAACCUCAAGGCUAUGUUUGCCGACAACGAAGCGCUCACCGAGUCGGUCAGCACGUACAAGAAGAAAUCGUCGAAAAAGGUGUCGUUCUAAGCGGACUGCUGCACGCCGCACAGGACCGUCUGCUCCGUAUCUAUCGUCCUCGAAUCAUCAUCUGCACACACGUUCUUCAUUAAUUAUUUUUUCUCUUUUUUCACAUCACUAACUGCAGUUAGAAAUUCGGCGUCUGAGGUCAUUUAUAUAAUAAUAUUAUUAUUACCUAUCAUUAUUGUUAUUGUUAUUAUUAUUAUUUUAUUAUUAUUAUAUAUAUUGUUAUAUCGCGUAAAUAACGUAAAUUGGCCUCAGCUUGUGAUGCAGCUACGGAAGAAUGUUUACUUUUUCACCGAAAAAAAAUUGCAUUUUCUUACAGAAUAUUUAAAAAAAAAAAAAAAAAAUCAAAAAUCGUUAAAUUAUAUACUUGGAAAUUGGUGGUACUAGUAGCCAAUUUACGCAACUGUUUGUUUUUCCGUUAACCACCUGCUAUUCACAUUAUACAAACACAGUGAUGGUGUGAAUUCGAAAUUCGGACUAGAAAUUCCCAAUUGACUUCUCUGCCAGCAGUGGCGUCAUAAAAUCGGAAUCCAAAACAAAAUUUUCCGUUCCGACGAUAAAUUUCGUUGAAUAUGAGAUGCUUGAACCCCCAAAACUUUCCCAAACUUCAUCAAUUGCUAUACUGUUCUGUAUAUUUUUUAUUUCAAACCCUUUCGAUCCCUAUCGGUUACGCCACUGAUCAAAUUCUCUCUCUCUCUCUCUCUAUUUAUAUUUUUACCUUUUUCAUAUAUACAUAAUAUUUUAACGACCGAAAAUCGAGCUGCUCGUUGUUUUGAUUUUAUUUUUCGUUUGCAUUUGUGUCUGUUAUUCCAGAAAUGACUUCAUAAAUGGACUAGCCCAUACUAUAGUAUAAUAACGGAUCGUCGUGUGAUGUUCGACGACACAAUAACGUUCAGAUUAUAAUUUAUUAUUAUGUUUGAACCGUGUUUUGUUUUGCAGUGACAAUAUAUUAUAUUAUACAAUAUAUAUAUAUUCGUAUGCCACUGAUUUAAAAAAAAAUAUAUAUAUAUAUAUAUAAGUAUAUUAUUGUAUGUAUUAUUACGAGUUGUAUUGAUAAUAGUCGAAAUAUAUAAUUGAAUAGUCGAGAAC